CUAGCUGCCGGGAAGCAAUUUAUCGAUAAGCCAUGCUUUUACUAGCUGCAAGUGUAAUAUUUGUUAAUGCUGAGAGGAGAAGGCUAAUUGAAGUUAUUCCAGACAGCUUGAAGAAAGCAUGGAAAGAUUGGGAAGUAGAAGUGCUGAUUCUAGGAAGCCUCAUCUUUCAGAUUGUGCUUAUUCUUUUUGGCAAACGCAGGCAGUGUGUGGCGAAAUUAUGGAUCAGAAUGACUCUAUGGACAUCUUACUUACUAGCAGAUUGGAUUGCUAUUGUUGCAUUAGGUAUCAUCUCUCAGAAUACGUUGGAUAAAUGCAAACAAACAAGUGUUGAUGACAACUUAAAGGAUGAAUUGAUGUCGUUCUGGGCGCCAUUUAUGCUGCUGCAUCUUGGCGGUCCUGAUACUAUCACGGCUUAUUCAUUGGAGGAUAACGAGCUGUGGUUAAGGCAUUUAGUCGGUCUGAUAAUCCAGAGUGGACUAACAUUCUAUAUCUUGCUUGUGUCCUUGCCAGGCUCUUCUUGGCUUCCAUUUCUAAGCUUAUUCAUCUUCAUAUCUGGUCUUAUCAAGUUCUCUGAGCGGACAUGUGCUCUCCGAUCAGCAAAAAUCGAGAAUCUCAGGGACUCAAUGCUGACAUCCCCUGAUCCUGGACCAAAUUAUGCUAAAUUCAUGGAGGAAUAUACUUUGAAGAAAGCUGAGGGCUUCUACGUGAUGGCGGAUGAGGUUAAAGAAAUCUCACUUCCAAUUGAUCAUUCUUACCAUACUGGUAGAGAUAAAUUGCUGCUGAUAUCUGAAGCUUUUGAUCAGUUCCAGACUUUUAAACGUCUAUUUGUGGAUCUCAUCCUUAGCUUCCAGGACAGAGACAACAGUCGAUUUUACUUCAAGGAACUUCCUCCAAAAGAAGCUUUUGAUGUGAUUGAGGCAGAGUUAGGAUUUGCAUAUGAUACCUUCUAUACCAAAGCACCCGUUAUUUUUACUCCUCUAGGCUGCAUUCUUCGUGUGGUUACUUUUUCUUGCAUUUUUUUUAGCUUGAUUUCAUUUUCUUUAUGUAAGGAAAGAUUGAAAUACCACAAACUUGACUUGAUUCUCACUUACCUUCUGCUGGUGGUGGCCUUACUCCUGGAAAUAUAUGCAUUGAUCGUUUUGCUGAACUCAGACUGGACAAAGAAUUUGCUGAGCAAAGGGAAACAGGACGGAAAGUUUUACCAGUCGUUCCUCCUCAACAAGCUGUGUCUGCGAAGAUCAAAUAAAAUGAGGUGGUCCAAUUGCACACCCCAAUACAAUUUGUUGAGCUACUGUGUUGACUUCAAGCCCCCCCGGUGCUACAGGUUCCAAAAACUCUUUCAAAUCAAUGAGCUCUUGGAAAAACACAUGUACAAGAAGUAUGAACUAGUCUCCCCGGAGUUAAAAGAGCUGAUCUUUAACCAUUUCCAAAAGUUUGCUGGAGAAAGUAAUAACGAGCCUGAUCAUCCAGUCUUAUGCACAAGUAGAGGCACUACAGCACUUACCAAAAAUGACUGUUCUUCCCUAGUUUGGUCUACCGAGGUAGAAUUUGAUCAAAGCUUCCUUAUUUGGCACAUUGCUACUGAUCUAUGCUAUUACACUGACGAUGGAAGUACUCCUUGUUCCAUCAAAUCCAAGCAAAUUAGCAAGCAGUUAUCAGAUUAUAUGUUGUAUCUUUUAGUAGUAUGCCCCUUUAUGCUGCCAAUAGGACUUGGGAUGAUCAGAUUUAGAGACACAUGUGCUGAAGCCAAAGAGUUUUUUACAGAGAGGAAACUAGGAAAAGACUUAACUAUAGCUAGUCGCAAGUUGCUAACAGUGAAUACUGAAGUUAGACCUGCAAAAGUGAAAGGGGAUAGGAGCAAGAGCGUGUUGUUUGAUGCGUGCAUACUUGCCAAAUCAUUGAAAGAAAAGGGAAAUCAGAGAAAAUGGGAAAUCAUCAGUGAAGUAUGGGUGGAAAUGCUUGCUUAUGCUGCUACACAUUGCAGAGGGAACCAUCACGCUCAACAACUUCGUAAAGGAGGAGAGCUUCUUACUCAUGUCUGGCUUCUCAUGGCACAUCUUGGCAUCACAGAGCAAUUCCAGAUAAACAGAGGUCAUGCUAGGGCCAAGCUCAUUGUCAAGUAAUAAACUCGGAUUCUCGUGCUGAUCAAGACUUAGUUAGGUAAAUAAAUGUGUGUUCUCUCUAAUCGUUUAAGUUUUUUAGCGUGAUAUUAUAGUACAGACAGGCUCAGAAAACAAAGUUAACUUUUAGCAUGUACCUGUACUUGUUGUAACUAGUUUCUGGUAACUUACAUUGCAUGCUUGUUCUUUAUUAUUAUGAUAAUAAAUUUUUUAUCUAUAAUAGUUUUGAGUUAUAAAAUGGAAAUAUUGAUGGA